UUCUGAAACAGUCUCCACUGGCAGAGCAAACCAACGCGGGUUCUUCGCGCUUUCUAGACUCUGGAAGAGCUCAUGUUUUUCUGGCCAGACCUGUGGUUAUUCCCGUGAGACUUCACUGCACAUUUUCUGAAGUGUCUUCCUCAUCCCUAAUGUGUAAUCCUUCAACAUGGACCUGCUACUUUAGCUAAGAUACGACCAGCGAUGAAUAGUAGUCAGAUAUGUGCUGAUUAGAAGGCUCACAGUGCAGUGUGGAGGAUAAGACAGUGCCUUACAAAAAUGGGGUUUGGGAGUGACCUGAAGAAUUCACAUGAAGCUGUGCUAAAACUGCAAGACUGGGAAUUACGGUUACUGGAAACAGUGAAGAAAUUUAUGGCCCUGAGAAUAAAAAGUGAUAAAGAAUAUGCAUCUACUUUACAGAACCUUUGUAAUCAAGUUGAUAAAGAAAGCACUGUUCAAAUGAAUUAUGUCAGCAAAGUAUCCAAGUCUUGGCUACUUAUGAUUCAGCAGACGGAACAGCUUAGUAGAAUAAUGAAGACACAUGCAGAGGACCUAAAUUCUGGACCCUUACACAGGCUCACCAUGAUGAUCAAAGACAAACAGCAGGUGAAGAAAAGUUUUGUAGGUGUUCAUCAGCAGAUAGAGGCAGAGAUGAUCAAGGUUACAAAGACAGAAUUAGAGAAAUUAAAAUCCAGCUAUAGACAGUUAAUAAAAGAAAUGAAUUCUGCCAAAGAGAAAUAUAAAGAAGCUUUAGCUAAAGGGAAAGAAACCGAAAAGGCCAAGGAACGAUAUGACAAAGCGACAAUGAAACUUCAUAUGUUGCAUAAUCAGUAUGUAUUGGCAUUGAAAGGAGCGCAGCUGCAUCAGAAUCAGUAUUAUAACACCACACUUCCUUUGCUUCUGGACUCUUUACAAAAGAUGCAAGAGGAAAUGAUAAAAGCACUAAAAGGCAUAUUUGAUGAAUACAGCCAGAUAACCAGUCUUGUUACAGAGGAAAUAGUGAAUGUCCAUAAAGAGAUUCAAAUGUCAGUUGAACAGAUAGACCCUAGCACAGAAUAUAAUAAUUUCAUAGAUGUUCACAGAACAACGGCUGCUAAAGAGCAAGAAAUUGAAUUUGAUACUUCCUUACUAGAAGAAAAUGAAAAUCUUCAGGCAAAUGAAAUUAUGUGGAAUAAUUUAACAGCAGAAAGUUUGCAAGUAAUGUUGAAAGCUUUAGCAGAGGAACUUACACAGACACAGCAGAUGCUUUUAAACAAGGAGGAGGCUGUCUUGGAACUAGAGAAGAGAAUUGAGGAAUCUUCUAAGACCUGUGAAAAGAAGUCUGAUAUUGUGCUUCUACUAAGCCAAAAACAGACACUUGAAGAGCUGAAACAGUCAGUCCAGCAGCUGAAAUGCGCUGAGGCAAAGUUUACAGCACAGAAAGAAUUACUAGAGCAAAAAGUACAAGAAAAUGAUGGGAAAGAGCCACCUCCAGUAGUAAAUUAUGAAGAAGAUGCACGAUCAGUUACAUCUAUGGAAAGAAAGGAGAGGCUAUCCAAGUUUGAGUCUAUUCGCCAUUCAAUUGCUGGAAUAAUUAGGUCUCCAAAAUCUGCACUGGGCUCUUCAACAUUCUCUGAUACGAUCCCUAUAAGUGAGAAGCCCCUGGCAGAACAGGACUGGUACCAUGGAGCAAUUCCCAGAAUAGAAGCGCAAGAUCUAUUAAAACAGCAAGGAGACUUCUUGGUGCGAGAGAGUCAUGGGAAACCUGGUGAAUAUGUCCUUUCUGUAUAUUCUGAUGGACAAAGGCGACACUUUAUCAUACAAUUUGUUGAUAAUCUAUAUCGAUUUGAAGGCACUGGUUUUUCAAACAUUCCUCAGCUUAUAGAUCAUCACUAUACAACAAAACAGGUCAUCACUAAGAAAUCAGGUGUAGUUCUGCUGAAUCCUAUUCCUAAGGAUAAGAAAUGGGUUCUCAAUCAUGAAGAUGUCACAUUGGGAGAAUUACUGGGCAAGGGAAAUUUUGGUGAAGUAUAUAAGGGCAUAUUAAAGGAUAAAACUGCUGUUGCUGUUAAAACAUGUAAAGAAGAUCUUCCUCAGGAACUGAAAAUUAAAUUUUUACAAGAAGCCAAAAUUCUCAAGCAAUACGAUCAUCCCAAUAUUGUCAAACUUAUAGGCGUUUGCACACAAAGACAGCCUAUCUACAUCAUUAUGGAACUGGUUCCAGGAGGUGAUUUCCUGUCCUUUCUGAGGAAGAAGAAAGAUGAGAUAAAACUCAAACAAUUAGUGAAAUUUUCAUUAGAUGCUGCUUCUGGUAUGUCCUAUCUCGAGAGUAAAAACUGUAUACACAGGGAUCUUGCUGCAAGAAACUGCCUGGUAGGUGAAAAUAACAUUCUGAAAAUCAGUGACUUUGGAAUGUCUCGUCAAGAGGAUGGGGGAGUGUAUUCAUCUUCUGGCUUAAAGCAGAUUCCCAUUAAAUGGACAGCACCAGAAGCUCUUAAUUAUGGGAGAUACAGUUCUGAGAGUGACGUGUGGAGCUUCGGCAUCCUCCUCUGGGAGACAUUCAGCUUGGGGGUCUGUCCAUACCCUGGAAUGACAAAUCAACAAGCACGGGAGCAAGUGGAAAGAGGGUACCGAAUGUCAGCCCCUCAGCACUGCCCAGAGGACAUUUUCAAAAUUAUGACGAAGUGCUGGGAUUAUAAACCUGAAAACCGCCCCAAGUUCAGUGAACUUCAGAAAGAACUCACUGUCAUCAAGAGGAAAAUCACACAGUGACGGAACAGUGCAAACAGCUUCUGGGACCUGGUCCUCCAACAGAGUGACACUGUUCUCAUUAACAAUGAUUUUUAUACCGCAUUACCUACAACAGUCUUCUAAGGUGAUUUUUGUUAUUAACUGUUUUUUUAAGUAUGUGCCACUGACAGAAAAAAAAGGCAAAGGCCAAUGUAUUCCAGAAACAGACACUCUUACCAAGGGCUUUAUUAGCUCACCACAGCAAUCCUGCCAUUUUAGGCCAUUGUAAAUAGACAAGCACAGCCCCUCAGUGGGAGGGACGAUCAGAUCUUUUACACACCAGGACCACUGAUGUUUCUCAAAGGUUUUCUACUUCAGGCACAGUUCCCAGGCUGCUCUCCUGUGCCUCAGACUGACUCCAUGGGUGCUAGAGCAGCACUGGUAAUGCCAUUGUCUGCAAGACACAUUCCAACCAAAAGUGGCUUUUUGCUCUGCCAAGGCAAGAUUCUGUUUGUCAACAUCAUUUUCUAUUGGGAGCUAGUUGGACCACUUAGAGUCUUCCUCUUCUUUCUUGCCAGAAAGAAGGGCAGUGUGAGAAGCAUCACACUCCUCUAUUAUGAGGAAGCUAGUGUUCCCCUGCUCCUUGGUCUGGGCAUCGGACAGUGACGCAUGGAAUGUUCUCAAGAGCACGCUCUUAGGGUUGCAACAGCAGCUCUUAAAAAGAUGUUUUUGAGAGCCGUGUGCGUGGGAGAGGGGUCUGGAGAAAGGAACAGCUAGAGAAAGAGAAGGAGAAUAUAAAAUCUGCCUUCUUUUCAGAGUUUUUACAUACUCACACACCUUUUAUUUUAUGGUCUGAAAUCACAGGAAAAGUUCUAAGAAAUGUUUUCAGAAGUUCAUACUUAAAGCCUAAUGGCAGAAAAAAAAAAAUUAGUGAAACUAUAAAGCACACGUCCACAGAAAUAACAGCCUACUUUUGGUUAAGUUACUUUCACCUCAGAGGAGGCAUCCUGGUAUUUAAUUCCCUUUAUUUGUGUCAGUUUCCAGAGCCAAAGGAAUUUCAUGAUUCUAGUUCGUAAACACACGGAUGUACAUACACACAUGCACAUGUGCCUGCAUACACACACACACACACACACACACACCAUUAAGCAGUAGUAAAUGGUAAAGAAGUCAAGUGAACGUUAUUGAAGAAGAUAGAGGAGCAUCCCUCCUGUUUCCACUUUCCCCCUUCAUUUACCCUUACACUGCUGCCAGGAAUGUAUCCUUGUCUUAGGAUAACCUUAUCUUAUCCGACCCAUAUGCGAGCACCGUUCUGGAGACACGUCAUGUGAGUAAGAUGGAACACAGAGUUAAGAGGAAGAGUCUGUUGAGCUGCAUGUUAGUUGCAUCCAGGGAACUUACCCCGUGUUCUGUAUAUAGUUGCCUCUCAGGAUAAAUAUGUGUGUAGGAGAUGGUCACACUCGGGUAAAUGUGGCUUGGGAGCUUUUACUAAGUGCUCGGGCCUGUGUUCAGAUAAAUAGCACCUUAGUGAUCGUUUGGUUAUAUCCAUUGGAAGAGCUUAUGGGAUAGAAAGUUCCUCCUUUCCUCUCCAGCUGUUGUUCGCUGCUUAGGAAUACCAUGGCACAGAACUCACACCCAGUACUUUGAAGAGUAUAAAGAAAGAGAACAAAAUAGCUCGAGUCUAUCAUUUCAACUUCCUUGCAAGUUUUGUACACGUUUGAUAAUUACUACAUCCAGAUCAAAAUGAAAGCCAAGUAAACUUUCCCUCAAAAUAUAUUAUAAAUACAAAGCAACUUUUACAAAAAUCAGCAAUGUAUUCCUUUCUGUCAAAUAUGGUAAAAAAUGGAAACUUCUUUUGAUGGCCUAUACUGCGGUAAAUCGAAGCCCGGAUGCAUUAAGUGCUUGCUGUGGUCUUCAGGCACUUGCCAGUCUUCAAAAGAAGAGUCAGGUGGGACAUUUUUACCCUUUGUCCAUAUUUCCAAACGAAUCUCUUCAUGAUAUUCUUUGUUUAAAGAAAACAGACCCUCAUCACUUACUAGCCUCAACGCUAAGCUCUCAGCAAGGAGAGGGAAUGAUGGUUUUGGCUUUAAUUUUGUGAACAAGACCUGAAGCUUAAUCUUUGCAUUCUGGUGUAAAGAAUGAACAUGGCAUUGAUAUUUCACUCAUCCAGGCUGUUAGAAUUUGCAAUUCACAUCAUAACUCUGUGCUUAAAUUAAAGAAGCUUUUCAAAACAUCGUGACAUCUGCAGCAUUUAAAUUCUAUUUUAUUCUUUGUCCCAAAGCAGGCAGUGGUAUAGUUCAGGAUUAAUCACUCAUUGGGAGUCUUUCAGGAUAAGUUGUAUGGAAUAUUAAAUUUAAUAUAGGCGCAUGCAUUAAGAAAAACUUAUGCAAACCAUUUUUUUACUGUUAAUUUUGUUGUGCUUAGAGCAUAAUUUAUUCAUCCCUUCUGUCACUGAUAAUUAUUGGAAUUAUGUACUUUAAGAGGCUAAUCCAUACCCAGAAAGCACACAUACAAAUACCGUUCUGAAUCUGCAAGUUGAUGUAGGGAAAGAAGGCUUCAGAAAUGCACAAAGCCUCAUAACUUGUUUAGUAAGAAAACAGAAACCAAAAUUGCCACUAGACUGAAUGUAAUUAAGCCAGGUCACAAAUCUGUGUUGUUAAUGGAUUUUCCAAGAGUUCCAUCUAUCACUCCUAUGCAGUUCCUGUCAUAAUUCCUUAAAUUUAUGAGUACAGAGUAGGGGUGGGGGAAAAUAAGCCCAGGCAGCCUGACCUACCUGCAUUUUUUUAUCGUGAAUCACCAGCAAACCUUUAUGACAAAUAUUUAGGUAGUUCAUCAUUUUUCAAGAAAUCUUUUAAUGUUAAAUUAACAUUUAUUGCCAUAUUUGAAACCUAAAAUUAAUUUCAUAUUCCAUGCAAUCUAAGGCUACUUCUCAAAGCCAAUAUAUUCUUUCUCUUCUAGAAAAAUAAUAAUAAAGGAUGAAUAAGUUUUAUUUAAACUUUUAAAACCAGAGGCCUUAUUUCAGCCCAUCUCACCACUGAGUCCCCAGUGAAAGGUCUCAUGUAAUCAUUUCCCUCUCAUCUCCCAAAUUUAAUAUAGGCAAUAAAGUUCUUCAUCCAUAAUUCACCAUUUUAUCACAAAUACAAUAUUAUUGAAACAUCUUACUAGCACAUCAGUAUAGACCAUGAGCCUAAUUGUAUUAGCCAUUGUUCAGUACACAUUUCACAACUGCUUUUCAUUUGAAGGUUAUUUUUAAAAGAAAAGCUAAUGUUUACUCAUUGAAAUAGGUUUGAUUUCCUUUAAGCCAUAGAAUGGUUUUCUUGUCUAUGUUGUAUUUUGGUUUUGCCAUAUAGUUUUUUAUAGUUUGGCUAAUACCACUAAAAUAACUCUGCAAGAUUGUGUCAAGAAGAAAGUGUUUUAGUUAUCACCUAUGCCCCACACUGAGAACCUCGUUAGUGGGAUACACCUAACACUUACAAUGCAAAAAUCAGCGACAGCACAUUGCUGUCGUUCAGUUGUCUCAGGCAUUCCACUUUCAGGGGCUUGCUUGUGAUUAGGAGAUGUUCUCAGACUGUACCUGACAACCAAAGGGAGUAAACCCUGUGGACACUGUUUUGUGGCCAGGGGUUAUCCGAAGUGAGACAGACAGACUCUGCAAGGAGGCACUUUGUCUCAGCACUCUGCUUUUUACACAUACUCCCUUGAUCACACCACUGACACUUUAGAAGUUUCUUAGCAACAGAACUGAUUGUCCAUAAGCACUCUUCUGAGUCAUGUGAAGACUGACUUUUGUAUUUAGGUCAGAGCCUUCACACAAAACAGAGAAUAACACAAAAUAGGGCAAACAUGGGGCGGGCACUGAAAAAGACACAUCUUCUUUAUGUAUUAAUAUGUUAAUUAAAUGGAAACAAAGAUUUUAUAUGAAAAUGAGUUUAUAUUACAUUCCCAUUAUACCAUUAAGUUAGCAUGAAGUUUACCAUUAAAAUAAAGUUACCCCUUUUAUUACUAACUCUGAUUUGCUUAUGCAUACUAGAAAUUUUUUAUUAAAUAUUUAUUUUUCUCUGUUUUGGUUAAUUUCACAUCAAGUCUGAAUACAGUAUUACUUGGGAGAAUCCAGAAUUGCAUAUUCAUUUCUACAAAAGAAAAUACUCAUGUACAAGAUUACCUACUUGAAGGAGAUACUGAUAGUCUUAGAGUCCCAUAAAAUUCUCCUUUAAAGAAUAAUGCUAUAAUGCAGAAGGUGUAUAAACUACAUAUCUCGGUCAUAAUUCAAUUUAAGGAAAUAUUUAUUACCCCUUGAAAACCAGCCUACCGCCUCCUACUGAUUCAAAGAUUAAGUUCUGAAUUGUUGAGUAUAGACAUCAAGACUCACUUAGCUCACUAAUAAGGACGGAGAGUCUUAGGUGGUGGAAGGAUCCCGCUGAACUAAAUUCCAGUCACUUUAAACUGCACGGAAGUAAUGAGCAAAGACUUUAGUUUGUCUGUUAAUAAGGAGCUGAGGUGGGCAUCUGCAAAGGCAAGAGAGCAAAGAACCUGUUCUUCUAAGACACAAUGGUGCAGCCGCUGCAGAGAGUGUGGAAUGAUUCAAGUGGAACAGACACUUGGAUAAUGUCACUAGAAAGCUGGAGGAGACCAGUGCCUCCAGGCCGGAUCCUUCCCUACAGAUAAUUAAAAAGAUACAGAGCCAAAGAAGCAAAAGAGGUCACCCGCCAGUAUGUGGGCCUUAGUGGGAGCAAACCAAAUCCCUCUCCCUUGCAUUGGGAGCAGUUUUCUAUCCCUGGCUCUGGGCACCCCGUGCUGCGGGACCACACCUACCCCCAUUGUCUUGCUGACUAGGAUCUGGACCUAUCAACUAAGGUCCUUCAUUAUUCAUCCUUUGUUACAAAUUUCUAGUUGCAAUAGGGUAUAGUAGUCUCAAUGAGAGCACUCAGAUCAACCCUGUUUCCCCUCCUGACUAACGUCCACUAACUGGCUCCUGGGGUCAUGCGCAGAGGGACCUUCCUGGGGUGACCUCUACUCUGGGGAAACGGAAUUCAGCAGGGAAGGAGGAAAAUGAACAAUGAACCAACUGAACAAUGUUUCUUGUCUUUGUCCAGUCAUGUUUGAGGGGAAAGAAUUGUAGAAACAUCCCAAAGCCAGUGGUGGUGCAGCACAGCUGAGCUGAGAUGCAGAAGGCAGACCCAGAGGCUCGGAAAAACCAAGACUGAAGGGGUGGGGGGCCGGGGCAGUGACAGAGUCCCCACGCAAAGCCGCCCCAGGGCUAACCUUCAAAGAAAUGCAGCAGCAGUGAGAGAAUGCCUGUCCUCAAAAGGGGGUUUUGAGGAGCUUCCUGCUGUAUGUUAUUAAACAUUACAUUCCUCUCAAGCCUCUACAACAUUUCUUAAAGGACACUGAAUUGGAUAUUGAUUUGAUUUUCUUUUAUGCCCCUGAUAAUCUCAGUAGGUAGCCAUUGCGCAAUGAAAAAUCACCCUGGCUGGGUUUUUCCAUAAGGCCUGGCCUGCUCCCCACGCAGCCCACGAAUGUGUAGGGUAGGCGCCCUUGGAGGACGUUUGCAGGCAAAGCUCCUGCUUUUUAUUUUAUUAAAGGAAUCUUGUAGUAGGUAUAUCUGCCUGCAGCAUGAAGACAGAUUUAGCUUCCCUCCUUGCCAGCAAACUUGUAAGAACCUUGAAACAUGAAUAUUUAUUUUAUUCUAAGGAGAUUCAAAUUCUGAAUUUCUAAAUUCUCUUCCCACACAUUCCCAGUGAGACUAGCAGAUUCAAAUAUUCUACAAAGAAGUGUUCUAAGUGAUAGUAAGGACCCUGGUAGCAGAAUUUCAUCAUGUGUUUUCUCUCCUCUUUAUUCACUCAGGAAGCUUUUCCUGAACAUCUGCCACGUCAGGUACAGGGAACUGUGCUGGGUGCUACUUUUUUUUUGUUUCUUGUUUUUGCUUUUUUUAACUUCUGGUUGGUAUUUCCUUUUCUCAUAUGCAGCUACUAACAGGAAGGCCUUUAUCAUCAGCCUUAAUUGGAUAACAUCGCAAUGGCCUUAGACCAGAGAGUUUCUCCUCAGGUGCUCAGGAUGCCCUGCCUUGUAGGGAACUCCCAGGCAUCCAUUUACUGAAGCCAACUGUAUGGCCACUCUGGGAGCAGCCCCAUGGUACAUGCAGUUUAGAAUAUAGCUUCCUUGUCGUCCUUGUGCUGGAGACAGGACAAGUGGGUAGAAGCCUUAGUGGAGUGACACUAUCAAUAGAGGCUCUUGGGAGAUUUUUCCUAGGACACAAAGACCACCCUGAGCAGGUAUGUCCAGGGAAGCAGCCUAUUGACUUGGCCAAGUAAGCUCAUUAGGUGACCUACCUACCUACAAAGAAAUGUCAAAACACUAGCAAUGACUACUCUAUCUUAAACCCCUGGACAUAUUCAAUUUUACCAUUCCUCUCUUCCAUGCCAAUAUUUUGUGUUGUUUCCUGCACAUUCCCUAUGCAUAAACGUCUAAAAUCAUUUUAACUGUGCAAUGCUAAAGACUUUCUCCGUAGAUUCAGAAAAGAGGGUCGUGGACAUGAAGACAAGUUCAGAAUAAGCCAACCUACCUAGAUAUACAAACCCAACAGCACCACUGUGUUAAAACCUCAGCUGUACUCUAUACUUCCCCCAACGCAGUACCUUUCCUAAAAAGCCAAAUAUCACAUCUUUCUCCCAUUUGCUAAGAACAUCUUUAAUAUCAGAAUAAGCACACAGCAGAUACUAUCCAAAGCAGAUUUUCUAAAGUGACAUACUAAGAAACCAGACUUUGGUCAUCGGACAACAGAAACACCACCUCACCCUUAUGUGCUCAGUUAAAACAUCCUUGCAAAAACUAUAACCAUCUAGGCAAUCCAUCUGGUCACAGGAGGGAAUACCUUAUUUUGAAAGUAUAGGACAGAUAUUAGUGGAAAAGGUCAAAGCUCUGAGCAACACAGGGUAAAUGUAAGAUGGCCAUUAAAAAAAAAAAUCCCAAUUCCCACACCAAAGCAGCAAAAAUUUGAGUAACGAAAAUGAAGUAUAGAAGUCCAAAUUCUUAUUAAUAUUUUCUUCAUCUAGCUCUUGUCAAAUUAUACAACCUGGGGGUCUUUUAAGUUGCCUGAACAAUCUUUAUGAAGAUUAAACCCACCCACCCACCUCCAAAUGGAGGCUCAAAUUUCUCAGUUGCCCUGCCUGGAUUCAAAACUUCGGUGUCUGAGAGUGAGAUCUGGAAUCUGUUUUUCCUGAGAUCAGGCAAAUGACCAUCCUUGUAGUCUUUGCCAGCUUGCCAAUCCAUGCCUUUGUUCUUCUUUAAACACAGAAGGGGAAAAAACUAAAAAGCAAAACACCCUAUUCUGUAGGAAUUUUCCUUUUACAGAUAACUUGACUAGGUAGAAAUAAACUUGCCUGCCUGCUCUUAAGAAAUGCCAGACUGCUGGAAGGGAAUGCACAGGGCAGGGUGCCCAGAACUGUUCUUAAUAGGACUGAUUGUUUUCUCCUAACCCAAAGUACAGCACACUUCUUCUAGUUUGACUGUGGGGUGCUUUGAAGGCCCAUCUCCUGGCAGUCUGAAUUGUUUUUGCUUCAAGCAAAAGACCAUUUCCCAUAGAAGUGAAUUUAUUCACUAUAGUUCUUCCUCAGGUGCUAGGCCUUUCUUGCAAUGUACAGAAAAUAUGCAUGUUUUAAUGAAAUUUAUUAUUUUGGCUUUAGAGUCAGAGAGAUUCGUUCCACAAAGUUCACCUGGUUCCCCACAGCAAGUGUAUUUCAUAACCCUACAAUUCUAAGUCCAACCCCAGGUAUAGACUCUGAGCAUCAAAUCAUAAUCAUAGAUAAAGGGGAGCUGGUAGGAAAGGGUCUUGGUUGGGAAGGGUCUUGGUUAUUCCCAAUUUGUGACCAAAGUGGCCAAAGAUAGGAAACUCUCUUUCACUUGAUGAACACUUCACUGCACCAUAUGAAAUGUCAGUUCCCCAGGACCAUUCUGUGACCCAGUCUGACUCUCAGAGUGUGCCAGGAGUGCACACUUCAUGACCUGUUUCAGCAUUUUCCUUCAGAGAGUACGGAGCUUUCUCACUGCAACAGCUUUGUUAGUCAGACAUGUUCAGAUUUCAUAUUUAUGUUUAAAUACAUUAGAAGCAACACAAGUAUAAAGGGGGUGUGGGGGGUGUGAAUUCUGCCAACUUUUAUGUUAUGGCCUUCUCUGCUGUUCUUGGUGGGUUCUGGGGAGUACCCUGGAAGGAUGGAAUUCUCUGAAGUCAUACCCAAACAAAUCACAUAGGGUUAGGAAAAGCCAGAUAAAUGCAGGAGAAUAAAACCAAAUUGUCCAGGUCCCAAGAACAGCCCUGACUUCUUCAGGAACCCAAGCAAACUAAAAGCAAAGAUGAACUAUACAAAUAGUGCCCAGGCCAUUUGACUGUGGGUAGCCCACUGGAUUAAGACACUGCCAUUUUCCUGGCACGGGUCCACAGUGAGUGGUUGCAGAAAUUCAAUUUUCUGGGUUGCUUCCUCUUCCCUUUGAUAGAAGAUGAUUUUGAGAAGAUGGGGUACGAGUGGUGCCUGCUCCCAGCCUGCCAAGGUGUAGACGUUCCAUCGAUAAGCAUCACUUUGAGCAAAACACUCCUGUGGUUUACCAAGUUUCCCUCUAGUGCCAACACUAUCAGGUUAAAGCACCUUUAAUCUUUUUUGUUGCUGUUUUAAAAUAAUUUAUUUGUGAAAUGGAUAAAAGAAACACUGGAAAUAGGGUGCUUCUUAUAAAAAAAAAAAAAUUCAAGUGUAGAGCAUACCCACAAGGCCUUUGGUGAGUUUCUCUGGCUUUGUAAACAAGUCUGACAAUGAAUGACAGCUAACUAUAGAAAACGGUUAGUUGUCUGUCUCUGACCAUUUUUUAACUCUGGUCUGUAUUUAACACUUAUUUAUUUGUUAGCUUUUACACCCAGAAGAAAAUAUACUUUCAAUUCUAACAUUGUACGAUGUUUUUCAAUUGUUUUCUGAUCUUUUUAAACAUGAUUUCACCAUUUUUGUAAACUUAGAUCAUUUUCGAAUAGCCUUUUUCUUUUCCGAUAGACCAAUUACCAUGCAUAGGUCUGCAGAACCUUUCUUUUUACUGUAUUCUUAUAAUAAAUGUAAAGUAUUUGUAGCAAA